GCCAAGAUUGUCCGGAGCAAGUCGACACGCUGCCUGUCCUUCCCUCUGACUGUCACCACCUUCCUGGCCUCCACCAGCUGGACGCUCUACGGCCUGCAGCUCAAUGACCUCUACAUCAUG